AUAUGGCCGCCACUUUCGUGCCUCGUCUGCAUCUGUGGAGAUACUGCUACUGGCCCCUAGGAGAGUAUGUUGUCGCUGUGAACAAAGUAGCAAAACUCGACCUCGGCUUCGUUUCACCCUUGUGGCUCGGUGCAUGAUCGUCGACAUCGCUUGGUGCUCGAGAAGAUCAGCUAAUAAAUAUGACUUUGAGAGUUCUUGGAGAGCGGCUAAUAUGUUGAACAUGAAAGUGAGUUGAGAGAUGCUGAGAGUGACGCAGUGAGUCUGCUUGGACGAGAGAAGUGUCUCAGCAUCGGUCAAUGUUCUGCCCGAAUUUACAGCCAACAUUCCUAUCCCAAUUAGAGACGUUCCCCUUGAUGUCCCCUCUACCUUGCUCGUGGACCUCACAUAAAUAUACCCAGACGAGAGUUGACUUGUUUUCAAUUCAACCACAUCGACUAAGGAAGAGAUAUGAGUGUUUGAUUCCUGAAGUAGAGCGAUUCCCAGCGAACGUCGAUUGAGCUCUUUCGUGUUCCUUCUGAGAAUGUCGUAGAGAGUUAUUUGUUUUGCGCACAGCAUGAGCAUCAAUAGGUUUAGGAAUAUAUCGAAUGAAUUACUCCUAUAUCGCAUGAGUCGUUGAUAUUUUUGAUGGUCAAUUGAAGAAGAAAUAUACCAGUGACUCCAAGGUGUAGUGAAUAUAAUUAGAAUAUCAACUUCAUCUAGGAAAGUGCAUUUUGUGAGUAGGGGCUGCGGAUGCUAGUUCUUGUAGUAGUAAGGUCUACAUAAAAAUUCUUGUUAGUAGUUCGAGAUAUGAAAUCAAUGUGGAGCAGAAUGAUAUUCUCAAGAGAUUCGUUAAAGAAUGGGUGAGGGUGAGGAGACACUCGCGAGCAUCUAGAAGCUGCGCGACGGCCUCGGCUGCCGAGUCUUACUUUCAGCACGUGCCGACAGGUAAGAUCGAAAAAUUGGCACUGGCAUACUGCACUCAGGAAAGGACUUCUCAGCAGUAGCUUGCAAGUAGAGUAGUACACACGAGAAGGUACAUCUAGUAUCAAGAAGUUACAUGUUGGCAGACAAGACGUCACAAUAAGUAGCAGUAGUAGACCAACGUUUAUUCAGGAAGUAGAAUUACUGACGGAGGUCCUUCAUUACCGAUCACUUCGGUAGUAGCUGUCGGCAUAACGAGCAAGAGGCGUUUGAUUCUCGGUCCGACUACCAAGCUUGGCAGACAAAAACUCUUGGCCGGAAGCACAGCGAAGUAGAAGAAUAUCUUCAGCCGAGGUCGACAGCCUCCUAGUCCACUUCUGCUAUUCAUUUCGACUGAGGAAGUCGAAGUAAACACUAGUGCUGCCAGCAGUUCUUAGUAGAUUUGGUUGAAUAACCUAAACCUUGUGCUUCUGUAUCUGUAAUCUUUUCAAGCCCCUGACUCGUCAAGAUGUUGGAGUUCAAGCCGAGGACGCACUCCGAUCCGGACUUGCCGCAGCUGCUUCCGCUGCCGGUGAGGCCGCACUCGUCAUAUCAGGCAAAAUUACAGUUCAAAGAUCAAGCGCAAUUCGAGGAGAGAAUUGUGCAUGCUAUGGCACAAAAGCUCGGAAUCGAUCUGAUCAAGGUACUUAAAAACACCUGGAAAUUGAACUGGAAACACUGCAGCUCGCUAGGCAGGACAUUCAGUGAUUACUCAGACGGGGAAGUAGUUAGACAACCAUCCCACACGCCGCACGACUCUACUUUAUUUUGUGGCUUGUCCAUACUUCAGAACUCAUAUUAAUGAUGAUGAUCGUUUUUCUAUCAUUCAGCACGCAAAUACAUUGUAGUCUUCAAUUAUGAACAAACCAAAACUAGGAAGGAGAGCUUCGAUGGGUCGUGCGAGAUUGCCUUUUGGCAUUGAAGGAGGAGGGUUGGACAUGCCAGUUGAAGGGGGCCACAGAUUUAGCAUAUCUGCAUACAGCUACGGAGGAAUCAAGAAGUUUUCAUCCCGCGGUGGAGAUGCAUAGGCAACUUGCCGAGAGGCUUAUUCUUCAUAAAACACAUCUCUCGGGAAAAAAAACCGAUAGAUUUUGGCGUGUGCAGCAGGCUGUGUACGAGGCGAUCAUGGGAGAGAGGGACGUUAGAGGGGUACAUCAUGCUAAGUAGCCCAAACAAAACUAACCUACUUACUAUUUACUUUCCUCCUAAGUGCUUGAUUAUGAGGCUGCCGGCGGCAACGAAAACCAAGUGAGUAUUCAUGUAUGUUUAUCCAUGUCGAAGUGUGUUCUUUUUUGCAUAUUUAUUCUGACACUAGUACAACAGGCGGCUAUCCAGAUUUUUUCAUGAUAUACAGGUCACAAAUCCGAAUUUGAUGGAAGACGUGAUUCAGUGUCUGGGUAUUGACGUCCAGGACGAGCCUUACUUAAUAAGGAGAGUGAAAAACGCAGUUGAGGAUAGCUACUUUCGGAUGAAGCAUGAGGGAGCACGGUUUAUCACCAUAGACAACGUGAUAAACGUGCAGACACUAAUCGUGCAACUGGAACUCGAUAGAGUCAAGUUUCUUAGAAAAAUAUCGCCGUCGGGCCUACUCUACUGCAUCGAAUGCGAGACGGCUCUAGCUGACGUAAUUCCUAUAGAUACAUAGAAUUUUUGUACAUAUUUCUUGUGAUGAUGCACCACGAACAGGUUUAGGGUGUCAAAUUUGAUUGAUAUGGCUGCACUAGAUUGUGAGUUUGUUCUCAGAAUGAUCUGUUGCAAUUAUGUCAGCACCGCAUCAUGGUACCUAUAAUACUUUCAUAACACUUGUUGCCUGCUUCUCCGAGAUUUCUCCUUCUAUGUACCCACUUCAGGUUGCCUGCGCCGCUUGCCAUGAUGUGUUUUGCAACAAUUGCAUGGUAGCGACGCACUCAACAGGGCAUCGUAUGGAUCAUCCAGCGGUGUUUAUCGAGCAAUGUGUCUGCUCAGAAUGCGAGCAACGUGCUGCCCUAGUCCGGUGUCAAGACUGCGUAGAUCUCUUCUGCUACGACUGCUUCAAAAACACACACCGGUACGGUAAACGAAGCAAGCACUGCGUUAGAAUACCAUACACGACCUUCUGCUACGAGUGCGACGAAAAAGAAGCACAGUAAUGAAUACUUAUGUACAACUAUUUUGAUUUUUUAGCAUUAUUCAUGUAUGUGUCUGUUUCGUCUCUGAAUGAAAUAUUGUUCUUUGUACCUGGCGAGGUCACGGAAAAACUGCAGCGGGGAACUACAAUGUAGCUAGGGACACAUUCUCAGCUCUUGUGUUUUCACACUGGUUUCUUCAUACUGAGAAUUCAGUUCAAAUCAAAAUGAAUCUCAAACUCAACUUCAGCUACAUCUGCAUGGAGUGCGAGGAUAUGCUGUGUUUGACGUGCAAUACGCGUAUGCAUUCAAAGGGCGCGAGACAGAAUCACUCGCUCUACGGCUUACGCAAAGCUGCCUAUAGUAAAAAGCUCUUCGCAAAUAACCUGGACCGGGUUAUGAUGAUAGUGCAGAAAGACCGAGACAUGGCUCUGCCUUUGAGCCCAUGGUUCAUAUUCUACGAUGAGGCGAAGGCACCCUAUUGGUACCUAAGUACUUCUAGGAUGAGUUUAUACUAUUUAUACCUACAUAUUUCCACUAUACACCAACUCGCUGAAGAAGUUUCAACUUUGUUUCAUAUGGUCAUGGAAAACUAAUUUGCUACCACUGGUAUCUUUACUUCCCAAACAGGUAUAACUUCCAGACCAGAGAGCGAGUACGGGCGAACCCGUCGAACUUGAUAGAUCCACCAGAGAGCACGGAUCCAGCGACAGCGUCGGCUGAUCAGCAGACCGAUAUGAAGCUGCCAGGUGCGACAGACUUGCUGUCGACGCAUAGCGCCAUCAAAGCCUCUGAAGGGGCGAUAUUCGACGUGCCACCGCCACUACACAUCAAAUUCGCGUCGCCGUCCGUGGUGCAACCCAACAAAUUCCAGAACACCGCAGUGGAAGAAUUCAAAUACGAAAUUCAAAGGAGUAUGGGUGGACUCUAGAAGUAGUGGGUUUGGUGAUAAAACGUCUUUGUUGUUACAAUUACUACAUCUUCUUCUUCCACCACUAGUCAUGGUGCAGCAACUGCAGGCAAGAACAACAAAACGUUUUCCCGUGGAGGCGGAAACUGUCGUUGGGCGAGCUGCCUCUACUUCAUUUCCGGCGGUGAUAUAGAAGUAGAUGAAGAUAGCGAUAAUGAUUUGUAGUCGGAUCAUCAUCAUCUGCACCAGUGCUCUGCAGCAAAAACAAAGACAUUGAAAUUAAGUUUAGCACAUCAAUUCUGAUUGGUAGGUGCAUCUUAAAGCUGAAGGUGUACCCAUCAUUCUAGUUGAUGCUGCAUUAUGCCUACGUGGAAUGGAAUAGCUACCGCAACCAAUUCUAAAUCGUUUGAGAUACUUAAGUGAUUUAUCCAUUUUAUACUAUCCUUAAUUCACAACGUUCGAAACUUAGUGAAGAUUCUAUAUCAUGAUAUCUGUCGUAGGCGUUAGUUAGCGUUCUCGUACUAGAUCGAAGAUUACCGUAUCGCUUCAGCAAUGAAUUUGUUAGAUUGUGUGUUGGAAGAUGAUUCGCAGAUAGGAGGGGAACCAUGCUGGUCUGUACCCGGCUCUCGUGAUGGGGUGUGCUGUGAGUCUUUACUUGUUAUGCAAUUUGGCAAGGGUCGAAAUCGCUAAUGUAAAUGUCAAUGCGAUGCAGACCAGCGUGGUUGCUUCGUAGGGGAAGGUAUAGGUCCUAUCCUCUAUUCCACUGACAUUGUAAUUUGAGAAUAUACUAAAAGCUGAUGAUCUAUCACAAAAAGAAUGUAGUUAGUUGUACUUAGCAACGAAAAUCAUUUCCAAUUCCAUACAAGAGAAACUUGACGGUACUGCUGUUUUCCUAAUAGAUUCGUAAUGGAGGUCUCCCUCGCAUGCAGCUCUUGUGGCGGUGUAUGCAUGCUGUAUGCUAUGAUCGUCGGUGCUUUUAUCCACUAUGAAGUUGAUUAAAGAUGAACAGUGCAUGAUAUGUCAGCAACGAAAUACAAUGAACUAGUGAACUAGAAUUGGAGGAAUUCAUUUUCUACGCUAGCAAAGAGAUAAUGAAGCUGCACUUGGUGGAGAUUGAUUCUAUAGCCGACGUACAUCCAAAAAAUGAAUGCUGAUUAGAAAAAACGUGACUAUAAAAGUUGGCUGACGAACAAGAGAUACUCAUGAUCUACAAGAAGCUGCGCCGAUUGCAGUACUGGAGUCAAGCGAAGACAGAGG